AUGCUACGUGCCACUAGAUUAAGAUCUUUCCAAAGAUCAUUCUCCACCUCUAGAUAUCUACAAGCCAGUUUGAAAAACCCAGAUCCAGCUUCUGAUAGUAAAUCUGGUAAAUUCAUUCAAGAAAACUCAAAAUAUUCAGUCACAACUUAUUCACGUCCAAAUGUUGUCUUUGAAAAGGGUGAAAAGGCCUUUUUAUGGGAUGUUGAAGGUCGUAAAUAUGUUGAUUUCACAGCUGGUAUUGCAGUCACCGCUUUAGGACAUUCUCAUCCAGAAAUCUCCAAAAUCUUGUAUGACCAAUCUACCAAAUUGAUCCAUAGUUCCAAUUUGUAUCAUAACUUAUGGACUAACAGAUUAUCCCGUGAAUUAGUUGAAACUACAAGGGAAAGUGGUGGUAUGCAUGAUGCUUCAAGAGUGUUUUUAGCAAAUUCUGGUACUGAAGCCAAUGAAGCUGCUUUAAAAUUUGCAAGAAAAUAUGGUAAAACAAUUGAUGAAUCUAAAACAGAGUUCAUCACUUUUACAAAUUCAUUCCAUGGUCGUUCAAUGGGUGCCUUAUCAGUCACUCCAAAUCCUAAAUAUCAAUCACCUUUUGCUCCAUUAAUACCUGGUGUUCAUGUUGCGGAACCAACUUUAGAAUCUAUUUCAAAACUAAUCAACGAUAAAACUGCAGGUGUUAUAAUUGAACCAAUCCAAGGUGAAGGUGGUGUUCGUCCAGUUCCAACUGAAUUUUUAAUUGAAUUGAAAAAAUUGACCAAAAAACAUAAUGCUUUGUUAAUCUUCGAUGAGAUUCAAUGUGGGUUAGGAAGAUCUGGUAGAUUAUGGGCUCAUGGUAAGUUACCAAAAGAAGCACACCCAGAUAUUGUCACAAUGGCUAAAGCCUUAGGUAAUGGGUUCCCAAUUGGUGCCACUAUGAUUACUGAGAAUGUUGAAAAAGCUUUGAAAGUUGGUGAUCAUGGUACUACUUAUGGUGGUAACCCAUUAGGUGCAAGAGUUGGUAGUUAUGUUUUAAGUCAAGUUUCUGAUAAGGGUUUUUUACAAAAUGUUUCCACAAAAUCUGAACUUUUCAGAAAAGAAUUGAAUUCUUUAAAAGAAGAAGUUGAUGAAAUUGUUGAAGUUAGAGGUGAGGGUUUAUUAUUGGGUGUUCAAUUCAAAAGUGAUCCAAGUAAAAUUGUUGAUGCUGCAAGAGAACGUGGUUUAUUAGUUAUUACUGCUGGUGGUAACACUGUUAGAUUCGUUCCUGCAUUAAACAUCGAAGAAGAUGUUAUAAAGGAAGGUUUGGCUAUUUUCAAAGAUGCUGUUAAGGCUGUUUUCCCAUGA